AUGCAUUCCAUCCUUUCUUCCACCAGCCUCAUCCUCUCCGUGCUGGCCACAGCCACAUCCGUCUUCGGCUCUCCACAAUAUGGCGAUUCCGCCGCCAGCUCCGCCUCGGCCACGGCGACCGGCUCCUCCUCAGCAUCAUCUUCUUCAGCCUCGGGCGUGCACUCGGUCCAAGUCGGUCCCGGCCUGACAUUCACCCCGGACACAGUCACGGCCGCCAUGGGCGACUGGGUUGAAUUCACCUUCGGCUCGGGCCACUCGGUGGCGCAAAGCACAUUCGACAAGCCGUGCGUGCCCAUCGGAGCGGCGGGCGUGUUUUCGGGCUUCCCCAAGGACGGCGACGUAUGGCGCAUCAUGAUCAACAGUACCGAUCCUCUGUGGCUGUACUGUUCGACCUCGGGCCACUGUGAAAAUGGAAUGGCGUUGGUUGUGAACCCACCAUCCAGCGGCGCCAAAACUCUCGACGCAUACAAGUCCGCAGCGCAGAACGCCCAGGGCUCGUCGCCCAGCACCGUGCAAGGCGGUGUCUUUGGUGCAGCCAGUAGCAGCAGUGGCAGCAGCUCCUCGGCGUCUGGUAGCGCUAGCGCCAGCGGCAGUGCCAGUGCGACCGGCUCCAGCGCCAGCGCGAGUUCGUCUGCGGCUGGAAACAGUGCCGAUGCGAACGUGGUCAAGAACGGGCUGCUGGUGGCUGGGGCGGUGGCUGCCGGGGUUGCGGCCUUGCUAUAG